AGACCGGUGGGCGGUGCUUAAUACCAGUCCCGCAGUUUCCGCGCUGCCAUUGGCUAACGAGCCUGUGGACGACAGUGUGUCUACGUCACCCGCAUACAGGAUUAACAUUUUUUUUUUCCCCCCUCAUUUUAUGUAGAAACAUUACGGCGCUUCGCUCCAUUUCUUACCAGAUUACCGUGACAAAUUGACGCGUUCCCUCAACCUCGCGAGGUUUACCUGACCCCAUUUGGUUCGAGAAGGUUCCGGAGGCGCGCGACGGUCGGCACCGAUGAGACGCGUUCGCGCGCGCUGUCACGCAAAUGGGGGCCGACGGCAGCAAGAAGAGGCCGGUUGAUGGGCAGAAGGACGAGCCGCUGUCGUCAGGCUGGCGUGGCUUCCUGUCCGGCGUGGGGGUGUCGCUGCCCGCCACCCUGUGCCGCCUGGCGCCGCCCGCCUUGCGAUUGGGUCGGCAGCGCAUGUUGCAAGGGAGGGCGCCUGACAUCCCAGAGCACGUCCUGAGGCUGGCGGGCGUGGGGCCCGACAAGCUGAGAGCUGAGUGGAGUCUGCCCGGCUUCGUCACCAUGUUCCUGCCCGAGUUCCCUCACAGGGCCGUGCCGGGAGAAGAACGCUUUCAGGUGUUAGGUUAUAUCGCCAAAGGCUCUUUUGGACCCAUCCUGAAAGUGAAGGACAAGACCAAACAGCGAACAUACGCUGUCAAGGUGAUACCCAAAUCUGAAAUCCUUCGACUGGGCGUCCUGGAGCAAUCUAAAGAAGAGGUUAUAGUUCAGCGUCAGAUUCGCCAUCCGUUUGUCCAUGACCUGCAGGACUGUUGGCAGACGCAACGCCACCUCUACAUUAUGUGCGACUACUGCGGCACCGGCGACCUGUACACCUACUGGCAGAUGAUCGGACUCUUCUCAGAGGACACCGUGCGGGUGUUUGCCGCCGAGCUGGGCUGCGCGCUGGGAUUUCUUCACGACUUUGGUAUAAUCCACAGAGACGUGAAGAUGGAGAACAUCCUGCUGACAGACAACGGGCACCUCCGCCUGGCUGACUUUGGUUUGUCCCGCCGCCUGGAGCGGGGAGGACGGGCUUUCACCAUCUGCGGUACAAUCCAAUACAUGGCCCCCGAGGUACUGAGCGGUGGUCCCUACAAUCACGCGGCUGAUUGGUGGUCACUGGGAAUCCUGCUCUUCUCAUUAGCUACCGGCAAGUUCCCUCUGCCUCCAGAGCCGGACCACUGCGGCAUGCUGAGGAGGGUGCGGUCUUUUCCCUACGAAAUGCCCCUCACCCUGAGCCCCCCUCUGGCCAUGCUCAUCACAGAGCUGCUGUGCAAAAUGCCUGCUCGCCGACUUCGGACUCUGGAUCGCUUCCAACGCCAGACCUUCUUCCGUGGGCUCAGCUUCGACCAAAGCCUGCUGCAGCGCCACCCUGUGGAGGUGAUCCUGGAGCUCAGGGAGCGACCCGACCGCGCCGCCAAAGCCCGCCGAGGCCUCGCGCUGUCACUGCAGCCGCUCAAGGGCUUCGAGUACGACUCCUUACUUAGCCCGCCAUACACACCCGACGCGCAGCUGCAGGAAGGCCCACGCAGGGAGGUGUUUGUUUAAUGUAUAAACUCCACCAAACAGGACAGCCCGUGUCAGUGCGGUACAUGUUUUCCAAAGUUUCCAUUGACUAAAUGGCUGGCCACGUCAAGAAGAAACAUGUCCUCCAUUGUUAUUUACUGUGGCCUUACACUACACGCAGGUUUACCCUUUCACACUGUACUAUGCUAAAGACCCGUGCCUGAAAUUCACAUUAAGUCACAUUUUGGUUUGAGGCAGCCAUUUUAGAGUAAAUUACAAGGCUCUUAUUUUGACAGACCCUACUAGGGAAUUUGCCCAAAUGAGCCCGAAAUCAAUCUGCUUUUUGGAGGGCUCAUUAUACAUGAAAACUUACAAAGUGUUGCAAAUGUGUGAAUCAUUGUGAAAAUAUAUAUUUGGGGUUCCGAAUACAAAACAUAGCAAGUCACUCAGUGUUGUCACCUGGAAAGUUGGGGGAGUAAAAAAUUGCCCAAGCAGUAGUGAACGUGAAGGUAUACAUUUGUUGGACUAUCCUAACAGGACACAAAAAUGAAUUCAGAAUUCAACCAUUUUGGUUAGAAAUGGGCAUUUUUGUGUGACUUCAAGGGUCAUGCCAAAAUGCUGCUAGGGAAUUCGCCAAAUUGGUUUGAACAGAGAGGUACAUACCCUUGACGGGUGGGCAUGGGCAGCACUAAAUUGUGAAUCUUUUCCAUCGACGCCAUCAAGUAUGGCUGAAGUGUGGACUGACAGACACAGUAUUUUAUAAUCUUUGUGAGCACUAUACCUUAUGUACCGACUACUACCUUUUUACCCCUAAAAUAGCACCUUUCUACACCUUUUUGUGUUUGCACACCAAGAAAUAUUAUCAUUUACGGACUAGAAUGUUGCCUGCCAAUAUGACACAACUGUUAUCGUGCACCGAAAGGUCGAUCUAGCUGAAGACAAUGUGCCCGUUCCAUUUUUUUUGUGUAUUCACUUGUGCAACGAGAGACUUUUUCCUGGAUGAUAUUGAUUUUAGUUAUACUGAUCCCACCGUAGAAACAUUACUUCAACUCAGAAUUUUGAUGGACAGAAGCGCUUUUUCUAUGGUCGUUAUAUAGUACAGUCCAAUGUAACCAAAUGCCUCACAAGUGAUCCUGACCUUUGUGUUUAGUUAUGGGAAUGCUUAUUUAUACAUACAUAUAUGCAAAUGCUCUUUAUACAAUUUCU